UUACUGAAGUCAUUGCUGCAGUACCAGUCUUUGACAGAAGGAGAUAUGCUACCAACACCUAGCUCUAGCACUCAUCCACCUGUUCCUCCUGCAGCUUCAACCUCAGGGGCUUCAGGCCUGUCUGGGGGGCAUAGCCUGACCUCAGUGGUGUCAACAGGGGAAGAGGGAUCUCUUAAAAAACCCAAGAAGGAAAGGAAAGAGCGAGGCAAGGAAAAUGGAAAAGAGGAAUUUCCAAAGAAGACGACUAAGAAGAGAAAGCUAGCAGACGGGUCUCGCAAGCUGGUGCAGCCCAUCCAUCUGGACUCAUCUGGGCGUCCUGUCUUUCCCAUCGUAUUGGGAGGAUUAACCGUCUACAGCCUGGGAGAGAUCAUCACAGACAGAAUGCUUUUCCAUGAUGAGUGUGCCAUUUACCCGGUGGGCUUCUGCAGCACUCGAGUCUUUGCCAGCAUGAAAAACCCCGACCAGCAGUGCCUCUACACCUGCCAAAUCAAGGAUAGUGGAGCAGGUCCACAGUUUGAGAUUGUGCCUGAAGAAGAUCCUCAGAAUGCCAUCGUGGCCACCUCGGCCCUCACAUGCCACUCCAAUUUACUGAAGGUCAUCGCGUCGGUCAGUUCCAAGUCUGUGGUGCCCAUCAUGCCCUCAGGAGCUGAUUUCUUCGGCUUCUCACACCCAACCAUCCAGAAUCUCAUCCAGAGUUGUCCUGGAGCACGCAAAUGUAGCAACUACCGAUGGAUACGUUUUGAGGUGUGCCGCCCCGGUGAUGGCCAGGUUCCUCACAGGCUCUCGGAGGACGAUGCCUCCGUCAACUUCGAGGCUUACCAGAGACACCAGGGCUUUGAAGAGAGCAUCAAGACGGAGCACAUAACAGGACAGGCACCGCAGUCCCCUAGCUCCUCUCACCAGCACCACCUGACCUCCCCCACCAUCAACAUGAAGCCCUCUACCUCCUAUUUCAGCUCCUGAUCCUGGAGGGCAAGGUCGGUCACACAUGGACGCAAUCCUUGGAAAAAGUAGUUGUUAUUUACAAAGCUAAUAUUGUUUUUUCCUCCCUUUUCCUUUAUGGUUCAAACAUGUAGGAAACCGAGGCAUUCAGGAACUCAAGCCUUUGUUAUUUAUUGUUUUUCAUCUUCGAGCUCGUUCCAGACAGCUGGGAACUUUACUGGGGAUGUGUGCUAGCAUAGUUGAUGCUUAUUUCUGUGUCAUGUCAUUUUUUCAAUAAUUUCCAGAAUGAACAUUUAAGACAAGUUGUGUGCUUAAAGUGCUAAUAAUAAUAAUUAACCCACCAUAGCUGUUAUGGCAAUUUCAUUUUUGUUUGUAAAGUUACAUUCAAAAUAAACACACUUUUUUUUUUUACUUAUUGGGACAUCUGCUGAAUAAAAAAAGUAUACAAGGUUUGGUAAAUGGCACACUGUUGCAUAAAUAUAUAACUGUUGGUACCCGAAAUUAAUUUGCAAUUACAAUUUUGUUUUCCAGUUAGUAGAUUAUUUUUCUACUGUCUCUGUUUUACUGUAAUAUAAAAACAAUGGCUUUGAAUGCAACACACACACACAGUUGUUUAUUUCACAUGUAUUUGUUCAAACAUUUCGUCAUAACGACUGAUUUGUGUUGUACACUUCAGAGUUUUGUUCAAAUAAAACCUUUGUCAUGUGUUUCUACCUA